UAUGCAUUCGUUGCUCUCAACUCCAAAUUUCGCUUUUUGUUCUUUGUCGAUAAUUACUAUAGAUUCAAUUUCUGUAGCAUUUGUGUAUUUAUUCAGUUCUAAUGUUCUACUUUUUUGCUUCCCCUUUGGGAUCUCUGGUCCAAGCUUAGGUCUUACUGUAGCCUUCUUUUUAGCUUAUAAUUGAGAUUUAGGGUUCUGCGGUUUUAAUUUUUUCUUAUUUUCGAUUAGUAAUUUGAAAUCGAGUGAGAAAGUUGGGUUUCUUUUUAUGCGGGUUCUUUUGAUCAGCUUGCGAUUGAACUCUGAUGAGACGCCGCCCUGUGGCGCUGGGUCCUUUCGACGCAAUGGAGAAGGGUCCCCAUAACAGUCAACGAACCCGGCUCUGCUUUUUAGCUUCUUUAUCAGUUUUUUUCUGGAUUUUGCUUUUGUAUUUCCAUUUUGUAGUUCUAGGAAGUAGCCCUACAAUUGAGGACUCUGUUGCAUCAAAACCUGUAAAAUUUGAAUCUCCUUACAUUAAGGUGGAGUCCGUGCCUGCUCGGGUGACUGAUGUUCAUGUAGAGGAGGAGAAACCAGCACCUGUAAAAAUUGGCGAGAAUACGGCUGAUGAAAAGGUGGUGGCUUACCCAUUUAUGAGAGCUUUGAGAACAGCGGAGAAUAAGAGCGAUCCGUGCGGUGGAAGGUAUAUUUAUGUGCAUAAACUUCCUCCAAGAUUUAAUGAGGAUAUGCUUAAGGAGUGUAGGAGUUUGAGUCUUUGGACUAAUAUGUGUAAGUUUACUAGUAAUGAAGGGCUUGGUCCUCCACUCGAGAAUGUGGAAGGGGUGUUUGAGAAUACUGGCUGGUAUGCUACAAAUCAGUUUGCAGUCGAUGUGAUAUUCAGUAAUCGGAUGAAGCAGUAUGAGUGCUUGACCAAUGAUUCCUCGAUCGCAGCUGCAAUAUUUGUGCCAUUUUAUGCGGGGUUUGAUAUUGCAAGGUAUCUUUGGGGUUAUAAUAUCUCAGCAAGGGAUGCAGCCUCGCUUGAUUUGGUUGAUUGGCUGAUGAAGAGGCCUGAGUGGGGAAUAAUGGGAGGGAAGGAUCAUUUCCUUGUGGCUGGUAGGAUUACGUGGGAUUUCAGGAGAUUGAGCGAUGAGGAAUCUGAUUGGGGUAAUAAGCUUCUGUUUUUACCUGCUGCAAGGAAUAUGUCUAUGCUUGUGGUUGAGUCAAGCCCCUGGAAUGCAAAUGAUUUUGGCAUUCCAUAUCCUACCUACUUCCAUCCUGCAAAGGACGAGGAAGUGUUUGUCUGGCAAGAUCGGAUGAGAAAAUUGGAGAGGAAAUGGCUAUUCUCUUUUGCAGGUGCACCACGUCCUGGUAAUCUCAAGUCAAUAAGAGGCCAGAUUAUUGAUCAGUGUAGGAGUUCAAAGGUGUGCAAGUUGUUGGAAUGUGAUUUUGGGGAGAGCAAAUGUCAUUCACCCAGCAGUAUAAUGCAGAUGUUCCAGAGCUCCUUGUUCUGCCUACAACCUCAAGGAGAUUCUUACACAAGGCGAUCUGCUUUUGACUCAAUGUUGGCUGGUUGUAUUCCCGUCUUCUUCCAUCCUGGGUCGGCAUACACACAAUACACUUGGCAUCUCCCCAAAGAUUAUACUACAUACUCAGUGUUCAUCCCCGAGGAUGAUAUUCGUAAGAGAAAUGUUAGCAUUGAAGAGAGACUCAAUCAAAUAUCUCCUGAGCAAGUGAAGAUCAUGAGAGAGACAGUCAUAAAUCUCAUUCCCAGGCUAGUAUAUGUGGAUCCUCGCUCUAAAUUGGAGACUCUUCGAGAUGCUUUUGAUGUUGCUGUACAGGCAGUCAUCGACAAAGUAACAAGGUUGAGGAGGAACAUUAUCCAAGGUCGUACGGAAUACGAUAACUUUGUGGAGGAAAAUAGUUGGAAAUAUGAUUUGUUAGAUGAAGGACAACGAGAGGCCGGAGCUCAUGAAUGGGAUCCUUUCUUCUCAAAACCAAAGGAUGAGCAGAGAGAUCAACCUGCUGAAGCUGCGAAAAAUUCUUGGAAGAAUGAACAGAUGAUAAGUACAAGUUAAUGCAGUCUCCAGAGUUUAAAAGCAAAGAGUUCAUGUUUUGGGUUUGGUGGCUUGCAAGUAUAACCUUGUAAGGGCCUGCGUGUGCAUCAACUAUAGCUGUUAUCACUCAGCAUAUCAGGCCAGAAGACAUGUUUUAAACCAAAACAUAUAUACAGGGCGUGGCUAGGUUGUUGGAGGUCCUGUGCAAAUUCUUAUAAAUGAGUCCUUAGAUCUCGAACGUAUUU